AUGGCCACAGCAUCUAAGAAAAGGCAGGUGAAGCAGGAAGUUGAAGCUACCUUGAAAGUCAAUAAGGAAGAUGUUCUCAGCUUUCUAGGAAGCUACCAGGACAAAUCCAGUGAGGCAGAUUUCAGGCAUCUUUUAUAUGUGGAUGUGACUCAUUCAUUCCAGCUCGAGUUUCCACAAGCAGUGACCCUAAGUGGGGAGCUGUUUUCUGGGCAAACCAAACGGGAAGACUUUGACUACAGUGUGAAUGCAAAAGCCAUGAUCAACAAGAACGAUUCCUCACAGGUCCAAGCAGCCCUGAAGAGUUACGGUGAGAGCAACCUCAAUGGAUCUCUUUGCCUUUAUUCCAGCGGAAGGGACAUGCUAGUGCUGGAGGUUGCUGUGAACAAUGAAACGAGGAGGAAUGCCAGAGCUGUGGGAGUGAGCGCUUCCCUCCAUCAUGCAGUGUGGACAGAACCAGAGUCAAUGCAGUUCCACUUAAGGGGCAAAAUGUUUCCAUCGAGACUUUUGAUAUCUUCUGAGCUAAAGCUUAAUGACAACAGGCUUCAUGUGGAUUUCAUGGGAGCUAGGGAGCAGAAAGUUGGUCUUGUCAUUUCCCUAAAUGGAAAAAUUCGGCACACGUUUACUGAAUUAAAGGCUAUACCUCGGCUUCUUGCUCUGAAUGGAUUGCUGAAGCGCAAAAGCGACAUACAAGAUGGUAGCAUCAGUGUGAUGAUCAACAAUGCACGAAUGGCAGCCAGGCAAUACCCAUGGAGACAAAGCUGAAAGGACACCUGGAGCUGAGUGAAGAGCUCAAAAGAGGCUUCGCUAGUUUGCUGGUGGAUGAUGAAGCUCUUUCUGUGGAUCUUUCCAG